AUGCCUAAAAAUGGGGAAUACUGGGCGGACGACUUUGACACUUUGGGAAACAUGCGCACCAGUAGAGACCGAGUAGGUCAAGGCCCUCAAAUCUCCAGCCAAGGAAAGAUGUACUACCCCGUAUAUGCCAGAGCAUACGUUAUGUCACAAUACGGCGUGAAGGCAGGCCGAAAGGCGACCGAUGAGGAUUCGUCUCAGCUGUCAUACGGCGCGUUCACCGUACCGGAUGACGUGCCACCACCGAUAAUGGUCUACACACUUCCGGAGGGAACGGUUUCGGAGGGAACGGUUUCGGAGGAUGAGGUUGCUAGGGUGCCAGCCUGGAGGAGGACUCAAUUUUUGAUAUGUGGAACGAGCGAGGAUAUUUUCAUCGACCCUGUCGCCCCUUCACAGGCUAAAGGUUCUACUGCUAAACCUAUAACAUCCUCCGCACAAACCAAGAGCGCAACACACUCCUCACAAACCAAAGGCCCCGCGCCUAAACUCACAACACCCAAAACAGACGGUCAGGACACCACGCCAGCGAGCUCUCGGGUAAAGACCCCAGCCUCCGAGAGUCGAACAUCUGCACCAGUGAAACGAAACGAGGAACGAAGCUCCCAAGCCCCGCCGCCAGCUUUCACCGCCAAGGUACUACGCAUUACGGGUAGAGGUCUGGAUACGCAGAACCAGCAAGCGCGUCAGAUCUUGGGAAAGGCCCCGUCGACGACCCAGAUUGAUGUGGAAUCAGAACCGGCCCGACCUACCACAGAAGAAACAGCCGUUGAUUUGACAUCGACGGUGGGUGAUACCGUGCUUGAAGAUCCGGAUAACUAG